UGGUCAAAGUUGCAGCAUCUUUUAUACAUAUCACCAUUGCUGCGUUUCCCUCAUAAAACCAUAUUCAUCUCACAGAGUUAGAGAGAGAAAGGGGUUCUUGAAGUUCUUGUUGUUCUUCGAGUUGUUCAUCUAUGGCCGAUUUAACUGCAACUUCAGGAAGCAUCCAAAGGGAUCGCAUUGAUCCCAGUUCGUGGCGUUUUCACUUUUUUACUUCCCAUGGAAUUUGGAUCAUGCCAUCUCUUUGGAUUUCUCCUGCAGUGUAGUCGCCGCCGCCGCCGCCGCCUGCCACGAAUCGUUGUGUUUAUAUCAGUAAGUUUCUUGGUGAGUUAUGGUUUCGGUGGAGAAUCCGAACUAAACAGCUUUCUUUUGCUUCAUUACAGAGAUGUAAUUGUUGAUGGGGAAAAUAAUGAGGUUUUAGGUUAAUUAUGAACAGAUCAUUAAAGGGAUUUGGAGGGUUAAUGCUACUUUAAUCUCUUGAAAUUAUAAGAUUAAGUUGGAUAUAUAUACGAAAUUUUGAUGUGAGUUUUUUGUAGGAUCGAAUUUUGGAGCACGUGGUAAAAUCUCACAAAUUAGCAGACCCGUCCGGGAAAAACGAGAUCGGCUUCUUCGAUAAUGGUUGAUUUCUCUUCUCCAUUGCUUUUCUCUGUUUUCCUCUUCUCAUUUCUUCACCCCAUUUCUUCAUUCAACCUUCGAUCCCUCCCCAAACAACCCAAUUUCGAUCCCCACAUUGCCCUCAUCGGAGACGCCGUUCUUGUCGACGGCGACGGUCACGGAGACUUCGGCGAUUCUUUCGUCAAACUCACCCGCCCUGUCGCUUCCAGCUUUGGCCUUCUCUUGCACAACAAACCCUUGAAGCUUCACGGUUCCACGUCGUUUUAUACCCAGUUCACCUUCGCUGUCUCGCCGGACAACGGGGAUGGCAUCGUUCUUUCGCUUUUUCCCGGUGGGGGUUUUCCCGACGAAAUCUCCCCGGAAAAAUGGCUUCAUAGAAUCGGAUUCGUUUCUGGGAAUGGGAGUAAUUUGAGUGGUGGGAUUUUGAAGAUGGAGAAGGGGAUUGUUGUUCCCAACAAUGGGGGGAAAUUGACAUCGUGGGUCGAUUACGAUUCGAGCUCGAAAACGGUGGAAAUUAGAUUGAGUAAAUUUGGGGAAUCGAGGCCGUACGAUCCCUUAUUAGCAUACCCAAUUGAUCUGUCGAGCAAAUGCGAAGGGAGGGAAGUUUUUGUGGGAUUAAGCUCGGGGAAUAGCAAGUCAUCUGAGUGGAGCAGAGUAUUUUCAUGGCGGUUUGGUCUUAGAAAUGUCCCCAAAUGGAUGCAUUCGAUGCCGGUUGAUCCACGCCGGCCUUCCUUAAAACAAGACGAGGAGGGUUCCCAGAAGAAUCAUCUUCGGCCGCUUACAAUCGUUGCGGGGCUGAUCUUUGCAACUGGUUGCGGUGCGUUAAUGGCGUUUUUGGUGCUGUUCGUGUGGGCAAUUGCGGGCAAUAGAAAUGCCAUUUCUGUUGCCGAACCUCAAUCGGUGGAUUUUCAGUACGAAAAGGUUAGUUUAGUCGCAGAGGAGGGAUCGAAAGAUGAUGGCGUAAGAGGAUGAAGGUUUUGGAGAUUGUUCUUCAGUUCAUAGGAAGUGCCUGCAGUUGUUGUAAUGCAUAUCAUGUUUGUCAUUUGGAUAGUUCUUCUCUGCCUGUUCUUGGGUUUUUCCUUUUGGUUUCCUUUCUUCUUGUGAUGAAGAUGGUCCAACAUACUUUCAAAGCUUGAUCUGUACUUUUAUGGUGUAUUUUUAUGAAAUUGAUUGAAGCCUUGUGGGCAUUUUUCUGCUUAACUAAAUGAUCUGUGUAUUCUUAUUGAAUACCAUUUCAUAAUUGAGAUGUGUUCUUCCAUUUAU